AUGAAGGUCAUCCUGACAGGCUCGACUGGUUUUCUAGGCUCGGAAGUGCUGAAACAAUGCUGCGCAUCGUCCGAGAUAACUUCGGUUAUUGCACUCACCCGACGGCCGCUUGCUGGAGAAGUGGCUCACGACAAGCUGCAGAACCUCGUGAUGGCGGAUUUUAGGAUCUAUUCUUCGGAAGUGGUUGCAGCUAUAUCAGGCGCCGAUGCGUGUAUUUGGUGUCUUGGUGGGACUGCAGCUGAUAUUGAAGUUGACUAUCCUGUCGCGUUUUGUCAGGCUGUGACACAAAAUUGGUCGUCUAGAACCAAGCCAUUUCGAUAUGUGCAUUGCAGCGGCGUUCUCGCAGAAAAGGAUCAAAACAAACGAUUGUGGUUUCUCGAGGAAGGCCGUCAUGCUAAGGGUCGAGCAGAAACACUGCUUGUCGAAUUCGCUACAGCAGAAGAGCAGCGUGGUCUAUGGCAAUCAUAUGUCAUGCGACCUUCCAUGAUUAUGCCGACAGAUCCCAGCAUCGCUCAGAAGCUCCUGGGACGUCUCUUGGGCUCGGUCAACGUCGACGAUCUUGGGAGAGCUUCAAUCGUUCUGGCAAGCCAUGGCGAUGAGUCGAAUUUUGCCGAAAACGGCGACCUCGUGCGGCUUGGUAGUUCGACUUCACUGUAUAAACAUCCUUAA